CUCGCUCUCUAUGCAUGUGGGUAUGGCACUUCUUGUAUAAACUCUCUCUCUCUUUGAGGCUUCUCUUAUUAGACUAUCUAUGUGUAACGCUCUCAAACAACCCACGAGCUUAACACCUUCAACACCUCCUCUUUCAUCCUUAUCUCUGCAAAACUCCCACUUUUCAAUUAUUUCUCUCUACCUCUCUCUCAUCAAUUUCUCCAAGCCAACAAAACAACACCAACUUCUUCUUCUUCUUCUUCUUCUUCUAAGGAACAAACCCAAUUUCAUUUUGAUUCAAAUUCAGCAUAUAUAAUACACGUACGAUUCAUCAUGGCUCUUGAAACUUGGCUCAUAAAAGUAAAGACUGCAAUAUCAAACAGUCUGACCUCAGCAGCUCCGAACCCAAAACAAAUAAAGAAGUCCAACGUUGGCGUUUUAGCCUUUGAGAUCGCAGGGCUCAUGUCCAAGCUUCUCCACCUUUGGCAAUCCCUCUCAGACAAAAACAUAACUCGCAUCCACAACGACUCUCUUUCUCUCGAGGGUGUCCAAAAGAUUGUCUCCAACGACCAAGCUUUCCUCCUCGGCCUCGCUUGCGCCGAAUUCGCUGAAAAUCUCAGACUCCUUGCCAAGUCCGUGUCCAGAAUAACCAAGAAGUGCGAGGACCAAAAUCUGCGUUGCUUUGAGCGCUUGUUCCAGGAGUUCGUCAACUCGGGUCGCGACCCUCAUAAUUGGGUUCUAAGUUUGAAAGAAAUGGAAGCAAGAAUCAAAAAGAUGGACAGGUACGUCACUGUUACAGCCACACUUUAUAAAGAAAUGGACGAGCUUUCCGUUUUAGAAAAUGGGUUAAGCAAAUCUUCUAAGUACUGUAAAGACCUUAGCAAUAAUGAAUCAUCGAUAAAAGAGCAGAAGAUUUAUGAGCUUCAGCAAAAGAUUUUCUGGCAAAGACAGGAGGUGAAGUAUAUGAAAGAUAGAUCAUUGUGGAAUCGAAGCUUCGAUAGUGUUACUUUAAUGCUUGUAAGGUCUAUUUUCACUGUCUCAGCAAGGAUCAAACUUGUUUUCGGUAUAGGACAGUGUCCAUCAUCACUGUCUCGUAGUCUCUCAGCUUCAGCCGCCGUGUACCCCUCUGAUCAAAACCCUAGUGCUCCUUCCACUCCCUUUGUGUCAGGGCCAUUGAAAAGUUCAAAACUUGAAGAAACGAAAGAUUUGGGAGACGGGUUUUUCGAGUCCAAUUCAAAGCUCCUAAAGCCACCAGCAACUACGCUAGGAGCCGCAGCUUUGGCCUUACACUAUGCCAAUUUGAUCAUAGUGAUAGAGAAGAUGAUAAAAUCACCACAAUUGGUUGGUGUGGAUGCUAGGGAUGAUCUUUAUGCUAUGUUACCAAGUAGUAUACGAUCAUUGCUGAGGGCUAGAUUGAAGGGAGUAGGGUUUUCAGCGAGUGAUCCUAUGCUUGCUGGAGAGUGGAGAGAGGCCUUGGGAAGAAUAUUGGGGUGGUUGUCGCCAUUAGCACAUAAUAUGAUAAAAUGGCAAAGUGAAAGGAGCUUUGAGCAGCAAAAUUUGGUGCCCAAAACCAACGUGUUGCUUUUACAGACACUAUAUUUUGCUAAUAAGGAGAAGACUGAGGCUGCCAUUACUGAGCUUUUAGUGGGAUUGAAUUAUAUAUGGAGGUUUGAAAGGGAGAUGACUGCUAAGGCCUUGUUUGAAUGCACCACCUUCAGUGGGAUCUUGAAUGUGAAGAAUUUCAGCUAAUUGAGGAGAAAUACUGGUUUUCCUUGCCUUAUUAUUUUUUUUUUCUUUUUUCUUUUUUUUUGGGGUUCUAAUUUUAAAGCUUCUGAAAUUUCAUAAUGGUUGAUUUUAGUUUAAACUGAGUUUCAGAUCUUUGAGGGUUUGUUUUGCUUCUAACCCCGAUCUGUAUAGGGUUAUAUAUAAAUGUAUGUAAAUCAUAUGAUUUUGAGUAAUCCAAACAAUGCACCAGCUUUUUCAA